UGACUCACCGGCGUUUAGUCAGUGAGAGUCAAGCUCGGCUGACGCGCACUCACUCCUCCACGUCGCGACGCCGAUCUGAGGAGAACCGUAACCGUCACUUUCCUUUCGUUUUUGCUGUCAGUUUUAAAUUAAAACUACCUUAUAAUCAUCGGAAAAGUAUGUGUUUGAUAUCCUCAUGACCGCGAGUCGGGGUAUGAGAUGAGAAAAGCGAGGAAGCGACUGCCGGCGCACGGAUCGCAAGCUUCUGUCAGGAAACAUGAAGCAGAUCCGUUGCCCUGGAAGAAACGCAAGCUCCUGGACAUCCAUCAGGCCCUGAACAGCGACCCUGUAGACAUCGAGACCCUUCGGCGGGCGGCUGUGAGUGAUGGCGGUUUGUUGACGGAUGACAUCAGGAGAAAAGUUUGGCCCAAACUCCUCAGCAUAAAUGUGUACAGUCUGCCUGCCAAACCUUCCAAAGAUGUCCGAGAAGACCACAAGGACUACAGACAGGUGAUGCUGGAUGUCAGUAGAUCAAUGCGGCGUUUCCCGAAAGGCAUGCGUGUGGAUGAGCGAGAGGUUCUCCAGGAGCAGCUGCUCGACAUCAUUUUGGAUGUUCUGAGGAGAAAUCCUCAGCUGCACUAUUAUCAGGGUUAUCAUGACAUCGUGGUGACCUUCCUGCUGGUGGUGGGGGAGAAGAUGACCAUCGCAAUCAUGGAGAAACUGUCCAAUCAUCAUCUCAGGGAUUUCAUGGACCCCACCAUGGACAGCACAAAGCACAUCCUGAACUACCUAAUGCCCAUUCUGCAGCAAGUGGACAGAGAGUUACACGACUUCAUGAUCAGGUCCGAGGUGGGCACCAUCUUCGCCCUGAGCUGGCUGAUCACAUGGUACGGCUAUGUCCUGUCAGAUUUCCGGCAUGUUCUGCGGCUCUAUGAUUUCUUCCUGGCCUCUCACCCACUCAUGGCCAUCUACUUCGCCGCUGCGAUUGUGUUAUACAGACAGAAGGAAGUGAAGAACAGCGAGUGUGAUAUGGCCAGCGUUCAUCACCUGCUGUCUCAGAUGCCUCAGGAUCUGCCGUACGAGGAGCUGAUUGGUCGAGCUCAGGACCUCUUCGUGAACUGCCCGCCCUCUCUGCUGACCCGGUCUGCAGCGCUGCAGCCACGCAACAUAAUCGCCAUCAGCACCUUCACAGACUUCCAGAUGUCCACGAUGAGGCAGCGGCCCGACUCCGUCCUCCGUCGGCAGCUUGAAAAGCGGCACAGGAACCAGCUAGACCUUCCCAUGAGCACCCAGCCGGCGAGCACGAACAAGCUCGUCAAGAUGGCGGUGUGGGGUCUGUCGGCCACGUUAGGAGCCGUGGCGCUGGCCGUGGCUCAGACCGCCAUGGACUGGGCUCCUGAGUUUCUCUCGCAGCUCUUCUGACGCCAAACGCGGUGCGCUGCGAUCACAAAUGCGUGUUAAGUCAUGCAAAACACCUGGAAAGAAUUAAGCUGCUGCUUAUUUAUUUCCCAAACCAUGUUUCCCCCCCCUCUCCCCUUAUUUAUAGAUUUUAGCUGAGCUGAUAUUGGGGGAAUGGGAGGAGUCAAGCGAGGUUUUUGGUAUCAUAAGCGUUUCUGUAUGUCGUUCCAUCAGCACAAUGUCAGGGAAAGUGCUCCGCUAGGCCGUUCUCAACAGCACAAAUUAUUAAAAGGGUUUUUUUUUUUUUUUUCUUGCUGAAUGCCGUCAGUAGUGAGUGAAGCUCAUUAAGAGGAGAAAACGGGUGAAGGCUGAAAGACCACAGAGACUCGCUGGUGAACAACACCGUUUAUUCUGGAGCCAGAUCAGCCUCCACACGCUUUCAGGAUCCACGGCUCUGCGCACACAACUCGGUUUUAAACUAUUUUCGCUGAGAAACUGCUUGUAAAUUACGUAAAAACCAAGUGUCGUUAAACAUGAAUUAUCUUGAAGUAAAAAAACUGAUAAAGCAUUUUCUAAUAAAACACACUCUAAUGAUUUUGUUUUAUUCACAAUAAAUGUUUUAUUUACAGUAGCAAGGGAAACAUUUAAGGCUGUUUAAGACACACACACACACACAUAUAUAUUAUGUACGUGUGUGUGUAUAUAUGUAUGCGAUAAUAUAUAUCUGUAAUUUGCUAGUAAAUGUCACAUAAUUACAAAAUAUAUAUAUAUAUAUAU